AUGCUGCAGCCUCUGUCGGACGAUAGGGUAGCGCUCGAUGGCGGAGCCGAGGGCCUUCCCGAUGUAGCCGCAGGCUUUGGCCUUGCGGUGGGUGACGCAUUCGGAGUGGAGGUAGAUUGCUGGGCCCGAGGAGGGUGCUUCGUUGGCGGGAGUGCGGUGGUAGGUGCUGCUGUGGCUGCUGCGAUGACAAUGGAUGUGGUGAUGUUCGCGGUGCUCGGGGUGACCACAGUGAUUGUGGCGGCGGUCGUUGGUGGCGUGGGCUGCGUGGUGUAG